AUCAAAUCGAGCACUAACAAGUGGCAAAUAAACUCAUCUUCAGCUUAUAAUUUUUGUUUGUUUAUAUUUUUCUUUUUUUUAUUGUGUGUGUUCACAACUUUGUCUAGAAAAAUGAUGGAACAGCGGCAUCAGCUACUGGGUCUGACGUUCAUGGUACUGGCAAUUGUUGCAUUGCCCCAACUGGCAAUAGGUAAAAAGAUAGAGAAACGUUGUCUCAACUGUUCGUAUCGUACGUAUUACACGUACGGCGAUGGUCGCGCCCUGCAGCGGGUUGUCUAUAGAGAUCCGGUCUACACUCGUGCAGCACAGUCCUACGGAUGCAGCGGGAGUCCGUGCGGCGUGAAUGCCGUGUGCCAGGAGGCAGCCGGCGGCCGUCCGGUCUGCUCCUGUCCGCCCGGCUACAGUGGUAAUCCGCUCACGCACUGCAAUCGCGGCGAGUGUCUGGACAACGUCGAUUGUCGUGGCGACCUGCAGUGCAAGGACAAUCGCUGCGUUAAUCCCUGUGUGGGGGCCUGCGGCAUUGGCUCCAAUUGUGAUGCCCGCAACCAUGUGGCCGUUUGCAGUUGUCCAGCGGGCUACAAUGGUGACCCCUACCAUGCCUGCCAUCUGAACGAUCCAGAGGAACAGUGCCACCCGAGCCCCUGCGGCGUGAACACCAAGUGCGAGAUCAUUAACGGCGUCCCCACAUGCUCCUGCCACCACGGCUAUCUGGGCAAUCCUCUGAGCGGAUGCAGGCACGAGUGCGAGCAUGACGGCGACUGCAGCAGCCGCGACAUGUGCAGCAACUUCAAGUGCGUGCCAUCCUGCGGUCAGUGCGGCUCGGGAGCUAGCUGCAAGACUGUGUCCAACCAUCGGGCGGUGUGCGAGUGUCCCAAGGGCUACAUCGGCAGUGCGUAUACGGAAUGCCGGCCGGAAUGCUAUGGCGAUUCCGAUUGUCCGGCCGGUCGGCCCGCGUGCUUCUACGGCAUCUGCAAGAACACCUGCGACGGUGCCUGUGGCGUGGGGGCCGACUGCAAUCUGCGUGGCCUAACGCCCGUGUGCAGCUGUCCGCGCGACAUGACUGGCGAUCCGUUUAUACGGUGUCGCCCGUUCACCAAGGAGGAUCUGUGCGACCCCAAUCCUUGCGGCUCGAACGCCAUCUGUGUGCCCGGACACGACAACACCGGACGCGAGCGUCCUGUCUGCAAUUGCCUACCCGGCCACACGGGCAAUCCUCUGACCCACUGCACUCGGGGUGAGUGCCUGAGCAACAAUGAGUGCCCCGACCAUAGGGCCUGCAUCAAUUAUCAGUGCAUUGAUCCCUGCAUUGGAAAGUGCGCAACCGGCGCCAGCUGUGAACCCAAGGCCCAUUUGGCCGUCUGCCGCUGUCCACCCGGACAGUCGGGGGAUGCCCUCGUCUCCUGCCGCCAGACGCGCACCUUUCCCGUGGCCAAGUAUCACUGAAUACCCGAUAGAGUGAAGCUGCAGCCGCACUGCCUGCCAAUACAGUCAAUUCACCACCUGCUAUUCCAGUCUAUUCCAGUCUAUCCCUCUCUCUCUAUCCCCUAUGUUUUUGUCUCUUUUCUCAUACUAGUCGCUAAUUCACCUUGAUGUUCUACUCAGUUCAAACGAGCAGAAAUAUUUUGAAAACAAUGAAAAAAAAAGUAAUAAAAA